AUGCCCCUCACGCCAGAGCAAAUCGUCGCGCGCGUCGAAGAGGAUCCUGAUGGCGUAGAGUGGAUUGGCACGCGCAAGCUCGCAAAUAUCCUCGAAAUCGUCGAGCCAGAUCCAUCCUGGCCACGGCAGUUCGAGCAGCUCAGGGCACGCAUCAAGAAUGCCCUCGGCGGCACUGCACUCGCCAUUGCACACACCGGUUCCACCAGCGUUCCCGGGCUGCCUGCCAAGAACAUCAUUGAUAUUGACCUCACUGUGAAGGACGUCGGCGAUGAAGAUUCGUACGUGCCGCAGCUCGAGUCGGCAGGGUUUACAUUCCUGCUCCGAGAGAAGCCAUGGCACGGGCACAGACUAUUCGGGAUGGGAUGGGAUCCCACGCCGGUGAACCUGCAUGUUUUUGGACCAGAUUGUCCCGAAGUCGAGAGGCAUAGGAUUUUUAGGGAGUGGUUGGUCAAGAAUGCCCGCGAUAGAGAGCGGUAUGCCGAGACUAAGAGGGAAUCGGCUGCGGAGUCGAGGCGGAGGGGAGAGUCGAUGAUGGAGUAUAAUACGAGAAAGGAGAAGGUGUUGCGGGAGAUUCUGGAUAACGCGUUUAGGGCGUUGGGAUAUAUAGAGUGA